AUGAAUUGGCUGUUCCUCCAGGGCCUCCUCAGCGGGGUGAACAAGUACUCCACGGCGUUCGGCCGCGUCUGGCUCUCCGUGGUCUUCGUCUUUCGGGUGCUGGUGUUCGUGGUGGCGGCGGAGAAGGUGUGGGGCGACGAGCAGAAAGAGUUCGCCUGCAACACCGCCCAGCCGGGCUGCCACAAUGUCUGCUACGACUACUUCUUCCCCGUUUCGCCCGUCCGCCUGUGGGCCCUGCAGCUCAUCUUCGUCACCUGCCCCUCGCUGCUGGUGGUCCUACAUGUAGCCUACCGCAAGGAGCGGGAGCGUAAACACUGCCGCAAGUAUGGCGAGGACUGCCCUCACCUCUACCCCGACACAGGCAAGAAGCGUGGGGGCCUGUGGUGGACCUACUUCCUGAGCCUGCUUUUCAAGCUGGCCGUGGACGCCACUUUCGUCUACCUCAUUUUCUACAUCUACGGGGUGAAUUUUUUCCCCUUGCUGGUCAAGUGCACAGAGGACCCUUGCCCCAACGAGGUGGACUGCUUCAUCUCCCGGCCCAGGGAAAAGCGGAUCUUCACCUUGUUCAUGGUGGUCAUCAGCCUGUUUUGCAUGCUGCUCACCCUCAGCGAGAUCUUCUACCUGGUCGGCAAGCGCUGCCGGGAGCAGUUCCCAGCAAAACGGCGUGCCCCGCAGCACACCAUGAAGACCUUUCUGGUUGGCAAGGACAACAGUGUCUUCUCAGAGGGUCACUCUUUGAAGAUGGCUGACCAGACUGUAAAAUCAGACGCUUCUCCGAUGAAGUCUAUGCCCAUUGCCUGA